AUGUUACGUAUAUUAGUUCCUAUCAAAAGAGUGUUAGACCCUCAAUUACUCCCACGUAUUAAUGCUGCUAAAAAGGGAUUUGAAUUUUCCAAAAAUGAUAAAUUUAGUAUUAAUCCAUUCGAUGAUAUAGCCGUUGAAGAAUCAUUAUUAUUACGCACUAAAUACAAGGAUUUGAUUGAAUCGAUCCAAGUUGUUGCUAUUGGGUCUAUGGAAAAUAACAAAGAUAUCUUAAGAAACUCUAUUGCAAAAGGUGUUGAUAAAGCAAUUUUGGUUCCCACCAAGGAAUCAGCAGGUGACGAUAUUAGUAUAUUGAAUGAAUGUAAGAUUCUUGAGAAAGUUAUUGAAAAGACGAACAGCAAUUUAGUCUUAAUGGGGAAGCAAGAUAUCGAUAAAGACAGUGGUAUCAAAGGUGGUAUUUUAGGUGGUUUAUUGAAUUGGCCAUUAGCAAGUAACGCCGCUAAGGUUACACCAAGUGAUAAUGGUAAAAUUGUGGUAGAAAGAGAAACAGAUAAUGGCCAAUCUACAGUAGAAAUGUCUUUACCAGGGAUUAUAACUACCGAUCUAAGAUUGAAUGUUCCACGUUACGUAAGUCUUUCCAAAUUAAUGAAAGCAAAGAAGAAGCCAAUCGAUAGUCUUGAAGUUGCUUUAUCUGAUGAACAUACUGAUAACGGUAAAAUUGAAAUUUUACAAGUUGAAGAAGCUAUCCAUGAGCGUAAAUGCGAAAAAGUUAAAGAUGUAGAUGAAUUGCUAAGUAAAUUGAGUGAAACCAUUAGUUCCACCAAAGCAGCAGCCUAA